AUGAGCCAGUCCCAUCCAUCCAGGCCCAAAACCGGCGCCGUCAUGAGGCUAGCGCUGCACAAAUCCGGAGACCACAACGGAAACGCCUUCCCCAUCUCCUCCUCCUCUUCCUCCUCGGCCUCCUCGUGUCUGGGCGAGUCUUCCCCCGAGUCCCUGCGCAGUCUGAGCAGUUUGAACAGCCCUGGUCGCCUCAACAGCCCCUUGGAUUACGACAUGCUGGAGGUAACUUUAUUGAACACGGCGAUAAACGACGGCGCCGGUGAUGUGGUGGUGACAAAAUGGCCGCCGGAGGAGAGGGAAGAAAGCGAAAAGUCUGGUCUGGUUUACGUGGAGAGGGUUCAAACUGUCACGGACACAUCGGAGUCCAACGAUAAUUCUCUUUCGGUGUACGUGGACGCUAACAGUAGCCAGUGCACGCCAGAAAUAUGGAACGAAAACAUCUCGCUAGCGUUGUCGACGAAUAGCUUAACUAGCGCUAGUCGUAAGAGGUCGCUAUCUCCCGAUUCCACCACGGAAAUACCAGAAGACGACGAUGACGAAGAGGAAGAAGCCAUGUUCUUGUCCAUUGGCUCGGAUAUGGAACUACAAAGAACUAGCUUGACGGCUAUUGUAGCGGCGCGCUGGGCUAGCAAAGAAGCUAAUGACAAUGUUGUGUUGGAGCAAAGCAGCGAGUGCACGACGAGCCGCGACGAUUUGGGGAAGAGAACGGAAGAUGGGGAAAGUGCGAAGACGCCGAGUUUAGUUUCCGCUUCAGUUAACGCGGGUAAACCAGGGUCGGUCCAACAGAACGACUCGAGUAAAGGCGGGAAGCCCAGAGCAAACGCCAUCGCUCGACCGAUAGCGACGCAUCAGAGUUCUGAAGGAAACAGAGGCGCGAGACUGGAUCUGAGGAACAUCAAGUCCAAAGUGGGAUCAUGGUCGUCUCCCACUAAAACGGCACAGAUCAGAUCGUCUCCGGUCCACGGCAGACGUCCCGCUGUGGCCCCCCCUCCUGUGGCCCACCCUCGGCUGCAGAGACCCCACCUGAGCCCCAUGAAGGUGGCUGUUCUGAGGCCACUGAAGGGGAAACCCAGACCUGGUCCCAACGCGGUCCAGACCCAGAGGACUCGGUCCACGUCUGUGAGCUCUCUGGGGUCUGAGGACUGUGGGACCAUGGGGAGACCCGAGACUGACGCAGGAGAGAAAGUCUCCAAACUGGGAACUACUACUUCUUCUUCUUCUACUACUACUGCUGCUGCUGCUGCUGCUGCUGCUACAAACAGACCACAAGUGAAAGGACCUCGGCCGGGAGUAUGUCUACAAGGGAACCCUGGACUCAGACAAGCCCAGAACGAUGGCUCUUCUCUGGGACACACUCUCCCCUCCUCCUCUGGAUCUCCGGCCAAGCAGAGACCAGGCCACGGGAUCCCAAAACCUCGCUUCAGUGCAGACCGCUCUCUGGGCCCGAGCGCUUCACUUGCCGCCAAAACAUCGACCAAUCAGCAGCCGGCUCCGCCCCCUCGCCCCAUCGCUACAGCAUCUAAACUGCCAGUGAAAGGAUUACCCACAACCCUCAGCUCCUCGUCCCUGGGAAGCACCUGCAACGACAGCGGAGGCAAAGCUCCUGCUCCUCCAGACUCUGAGUCCAACAGAGGGUCUCUCGCAUUGGGCAGCCAGAGCACAGCGAGGCCCCCCGGCUCCACUGAGGCCUCGAGAGCUUCCCCCAUGAGGACCAGGGCCCAGUCCCUGCAAACCCGGGGCCCCAGUGCAGGCCUCAAAACUCCUUCUGUCAACAACUCCUCCAAGAGCGGAGGUGUGAGUCCAGCGGGCACUAGGACCCCUCCGUCUGCCGCCCACAGCCCGACCAAACAGAUCUCCCAGAAUCCUCUGCAGCGGAGCGGCUCUGCACGCCUCAGCCGCGGCAGCAGCACAGGAUUUGUUUGGAACACGAUGCUCUGGUCUCCGAGAUUGUCGCUUUCAAACUUCCACGUGAAGCUGACGGCGAAGGGGCUUUUCCGGAACCUCCAGCUGUUGCCGGGAUGCCGCAAGAACACGGUGGUUUUUCACGCAGUCUGGGCUCAGCAGCUCUGCUUGGCUUCGUGGCCUCAAGUGGACAAAAACAAGAGGGAGGUCCAGAGCCGAGCACACAACCCCAGCGGAGAGAGAGCGGGAAGCCAGGCCCAGCAGCAGAACUGUGGCGACGCGACCCCUGAUGCAGUGACCUCCUCCUCGGCUCCUCGCGUCCCUCCGGUCGAUGGCUCCUCUCAGUCUCUGUCCAAACCCAGGGCCUCCUCCACACGCUGUAGCCCCAGGACCAGCCCCCGAGUGCAGGGCAGCUCGGCCAGGACCCCCCCUUCCACCUCCUCCACACCAGGGGAGCAGACCAGGGAGCAGACCAGAGAGCAGACCAGGGAGCAGGCAGAGAAGAAGAACCAGGCCCUGGGGCAGCUGCGGCGGCUGUUGCUGCAGGGGAACCGCCGAGUGGAGGCCCUGGCUCUGGUCGUACAGCACCUGUUCUCUGAGCGUGAAGAGUCUUUGAAGCAGAAGAAGGAACUGUCCCAGGAGCUGAGCAGCCUCCGCAAUGAACUGGUGUCGACGUCGCAGUGCUGUGACCAGCUGCAGCAGGAGAAGGACGAGGUGAGAGUGGGUCUGGAGGAGGCUCUGAGGAAGCUCCAGCAGCAGCACACGGAGGAACUCCUGCUGCUGGAGGACAGGCUGCGGAGCUUCUACCAGAGCGAGUGGGACAAGGCCCAGCAGAUGUACCAGGAGGAGGCAGACAAGUACAGAGCCCUCAUGGAGAACCAGGUGCAGGAGCUGAGGAGUCGACAGGAGGCGCAGAUGAAGGAGCAGGAGGAGACUCACUCUCAGAACGUGGAGGUCCUGAAGGAGCAGCAGGAGAGAGCUCUGCAAGAGCUGAAGGAGGCGCAGCAGAAGGAGCUGGAAAACACGCAGAAAAACCUGAAGGAGACGGAGGCUUCGCUCACGGAGAAAGUGUUGGAGCUGUCAGAGCAGAACGAGACUUUGACUGAAAAGCUGAGAACAGAAGAAGAACGAAGGACGAGGAUCCUCAACGACAAGAGCCUGAAGGAUUCGCACACUCUGUACCUGGAGCAGGAGCUGGAGAGCCUCAAAGUGGUGUUGGAGAUAAAGAACAACCAGCUGCACCAGAAAGACAAGAAGCUCAUGGACCUGGACAAACUGGUGGAGUCUCACAGUAAACUGGAGGAGUGUAUGAAGAAGGUGCAGCAGGAGAACGAGGACUUCAGAGCACGGAUGGACCGACACGCAGCUCUCUCUAAGCAGCUGUCCAGCGAGCAGGCCAUCCUACAGCAGACUCUGCAGAAAGAGUCCAAGGUGAACAAGCGUCUGUCCAUGGAGAACGAGGAGCUGCUGUGGAAGCUUCAUAACGGGGACCUCCUCUCCAGCCCCCGCCGUCUCUCCCCCACCUCCCCCUUUGGCUCCCCCCACAACUCUGCAGCCUUCACCCCCCUCUCCCCCAGAUAG